AUGCCUGAGACCAUGAAACCAAUGACUCCGGGACUCGUGUCCACCCAGAGAGUGUCUUCCAAAGACUCAGCGAAAAGAUCAGAUGGAGCCACCGUCGAGACGCAGUCUACAGCCACGGGCAACAACUCACCGCGUGCAUCGGAGAACUGCUCCGAGGUCGGCGGGACGCAAGAGAAGACCGGGCCGGUGUUGCCUUUGCAGAAGCGCGAGUCCGUCGCUUGGUGU